CCAUGGGGAGGGCACCCUAUGGGGGAGCCCCUGUGGAGCAGCGUCACCCUACAGGGUGGCACCUGAGCAGGGGGGGGGACAGGGAGGCCCCACAUGGUCGAUCCCAUUACAAAGGGCCCCCCCCGCGGGAGAUCCGGUACGGCCGAUCCCGUUAUAGCUGAUCCCCGCGGCCGAUCCCCACGGCUGAUCCCCGCGGCCGACCCAUUACAGCCGCUCCGGUUACAGCCGAUCCCCGCGGCCGAUCCCGUUACAGCCAAGAAGAUGGCGCAGCCGCCGAAGGCCUGCGUGCACACGGAGAACCUGGGCGCCGGCAAAGCCAUCGCCGUCCUCACCUCCGGGGGGGACGCGCAGGGCAUGAACGCGGCCGUCCGCGCCGUGGUGCGGGUGGGCAUUUACACGGGAGCCAAAGUCUACUUCGUGCACGAGGGCUACCAGGGGCUGGUGGACGGCGGGGACAACAUCAAGGAGGCCACCUGGGAGAGCGUCUCCAUGAUGCUGCAGCUGGGCGGCACGGUCAUCGGCAGCGCCCGCUGCCAGGAUUUCCGGACGCGUGAGGGGCGCCUGAAAGCCGCCCGCAACCUGGUGAAGCGCAGCAUCACCAACCUCUGCGUCAUCGGCGGCGAUGGCAGCCUCACCGGCGCCGACACCUUCCGCGCCGAGUGGAGCAGCCUCCUGGCCGAGCUGCUGAAGACAGGGGGGAUCACGGCGGAGGAGGCGAAGAAGUCGAGCUACCUGAACAUCGUGGGCAUGGUGGGCUCCAUCGACAACGACUUCUGCGGCACCGACAUGACCAUCGGCACCGACUCGGCGCUGCACCGCAUCAUGGAGAUCGUGGACGCCAUCACCACCACGGCCCAGAGCCACCAGCGGACGUUUGUGCUGGAAGUGAUGGGUCGGCACUGCGGCUACCUGGCUCUCAUCACCUCCCUGGCUUGCGGCGCCGACUGGGUCUUCAUCCCCGAGUCCCCCCCCGAGGAUGACUGGGAGGACCACUUGUGCCGGAGGCUGACGGAGACCCGCCUGGGCGGCUCGAGGCUGAACAUCAUCAUCGUGGCCGAGGGCGCCAUCGACAAGCAAGGCAAGCCCAUCACCUCCGACGACAUCAAAAACCUGGUGGUGAAGCGUUUGGGCUAUGACACCCGGGUCACCAUCCUGGGCCACGUGCAGCGCGGCGGGACGCCCUCCGCUUUCGACCGUGUGCUGGGCAGCCGCAUGGGCGUGGAAGCCGUCAUGGCCCUGCUGGAGGCGACCCCCGAGACCCCCGCCUGCGUCGUCAGCCUCUCGGGCAACCAGGCCGUGCGCCUGCCCCUGAUGGAGUGCGUGCAGGUGACCAAAGACGUGACGACGGCGAUGAACGAGAAGCGCUUCGACGAUGCCCUGAAGCUGCGGGGCCGGAGUUUCCAAAACAACUGGAACGUCUACAAGCUGCUGGCGCACAUCCGCCCGCCCUCCACCAAGAGCGGCUACACGCUGGCCGUGCUCAACGUGGGCGCCCCGGCGGCCGGCAUGAACGCGGCCGUGCGCUCCACCGUGAGGAUCGGCCUCAUCCACGGCCACCGCAUGCUGGCGGUGCACGACGGCUUCGAGGGGCUCGCUUUCGGGAAGGUGGAAGAGAUCAGCUGGGAGAGGGUCGGCGGCUGGACGGGUCUGGGUGGCUCCAAGCUGGGGACGAAGAGGACCUUGCCCAAGAAAUACUUCGAGGAAAUCAGCGCCAACAUCAGCAGCUUCGGCAUCCACGGGCUGAUCAUCAUCGGGGGCUUCGAGGCCUUCACGGGCAGCCUGGAGAUGAUGGAGGGGAGGGCCAAGUUCGAGGAGCUCUGCAUCCCGCUCUGCGUCAUCCCCGCCACCGUCUCCAACAACGUCCCCGGCUCCGACUUCAGCAUCGGCGCCGACACCGCCCUCAACACCAUCACCACGACCUGCGACCGCAUCAAGCAGUCGGCGGCGGGCACCAAGCGGCGCGUGUUCAUCAUCGAGACGAUGGGCGGCUACUGCGGGUACCUGGCCACGCUGGCGGGGCUGGCGGGGGGCGCCGACGCCGCCUACAUCUACGAGGAGCACUUCAACAUCCGCGACCUGCAGAUCAACGUGGAGCAUUUAACCGAAAAAAUGAAGACGACGGUGAAGCGGGGGCUGGUGCUCAGGAACGAGCGCUGCAACGAGAACUACACCACCGACUUCAUCUACAACCUCUACUCUGAGGAGGGGAAGGGCAUCUUCGACUGCCGCAAGAACGUGCUGGGGCACAUGCAGCAGGGCGGCACCCCGACCCCCUUCGACAGGAAUUUCGGCACUAAAAUGGGCGCCAAGGCGGUGGCCUGGAUCACCGGGAAGAUCAAGGAGUGCUCCCGGCACGGUCGCAUCUUCGCCAACACGGCCGACUCGGCGUGCCUGCUGGGCAUGCGCAAGCGCAGCCUCGUCUUCCAGCCCGUCACCGAGCUCAAGGAGCAGACGGACUUCGAGCACCGCCUCCCCAAGGAGCAGUGGUGGCUGAAGCUGCGCCCCAUCCUGAAGAUCCUGGCCAAGUACAACAUCGAGCUGGACACCUCGGAGAAGGCGCACCUGGAGCACGUCAGGCAGAAGAGGAUCUCCCUCGAGUCCAACAUCUGAGGGGCGCCGGGGUGGGGGGGGUGGGGGACGACCCUGCGCAGCUUUCCCGCAGCUGGGGGCAUCCUCGGGGUAAAUUGGGGCUGGGUUAGACCCAGCCCGGUGGCUUUGUGAACAGCGCAGCGCUUCCCGAGCGGCUCACGGCCCGGCGGGACGUGGCGCUGCCCCGAGAGCGAGGGCCGUGUCCCUAGGGCAGCGCUUUAGUUCUGAAUUCCCAAUUAAGACGCUUCAAUAAAACCGGCGCCGCUCACGGCGCUGGCAAACACGCGUCGCGCUCGCAGCCUCCGGCACUCGCCCGCGGGUGGAGGGAAACGCGGCUCCCUCGUGGCUCCCCUGCCUUGUUCGGCCCCGCAGCCUCGUUCCCAGCACGACGGGGAGGCUUUAAAGCAUUAAAAUCUUCUUUUCUUCCCCCCAACGUUUCUCCCGUCGCAGCCAUCGCCCGAGUUUACCUUUCUCACCUCCCCCUGGGCGCCCGUCGCAGCUCUCCCGGAGGAUCCCCGGGUGACGACGCGGUGCCAAAACCCAGCGCGGGAGCAUCACGGCCGGCACCGCCCCCCCAGACCCCA